CACAGAUAUAUGAGAUACAUGAUCAAAGAUUAACCACGAACAAAACUAUUGUUAUCACCAUCGUCGUCGUCAAAGAGCCAAUCAUCAAGUCUCUGAAGAUAUAAGGCUAUGAAUGAAGACCAAAUUUUGUUACUUCGAGAUUGUGGUGGUGCUACUGCUAUCUGUUAUUCCUUGGCCAGGACCUUCUGUAUUUAAAAUAUCAUGCCCCCGGGAUCGUGCAUCAAUGGUCCGGCGUAUUGUACAAAAGAGAUGGAUACCAAUUUUGAAGAAGUAUCAGGUGGAGCUGCCCCUAGAAUGUCCUUUCCACGAGAGUCGAGAUAUUUUUUAUCCGCAACAAAUGGCCAAAAUUCAACACAGAACAUCACAGUGGACUUGUGGAAUUUGUGGCAAGUCUUUUUAUGCCGAGAAACAUUUAGAUGCUCACUUCGAUAGCAGACACAGGAGUAAUGUUAAUAUGGCAGAGGAUGCCGUAUGCUUGGCAAAUUACUGCGAUAUCAUGCGAUGUGAUGUCCUAGGCAUGAUGGAGCUUGAUGGUUCUUUGGUUGACGAUGCAAAAGGCUCAGUGAACACAGAUAUUCAAGUCUGGAGGGAGAAUACAGAAAGAACAACUCCAUUUGUACCUUGCGAAUGUCGUGAAUUAGCCAGAGUUUAUAGUAAUGCUGGGAAUAGUGAUAAGUCUGAAAUUGUUCCUGCUGGUACAAUAUUUAGAGCACACUCUAAACGCUGUCAACGCAAUGAAAUGGUUCCUUCAACCACUUCAUCUUCAUCACCAUCAUCAUCGUCAGUAUAUCAUCGGGAUAUUACUCAAGGUCCUGAUAAUAAAAGUAACGCUUGUGAAAGUGAUGAAAGUGGAGAUGAGAAUGAUGCAAGUAAUUUAGUUGAGGCUGCUCUUCCACCGGCCGGAGACAGACGAGAAAGAAGUCGGGAAACGGAAAUUAGAAGACUCAAAUCUAAUUGUAACCCUGAAGAAUUACAGAAACUCAAAGUUCAAUGUGAGAUGUUAGUAAGAGAUUGUAUUGGCGGUCUUUUGGCAAAUCUUUCAGUAAAAGACUUUCGUGAAAUAGAAAAUGAAAUGAAUCGAGCUAUAUGUUGGUACUUGAGCUGUGACAGGUAUUGGGAAGACACUAAAAGACAUCAACGUCACACACCGUGGUACCUGCUCGUUACUUUUUUGUUUCUUCUUUCAUCUGGAAUAUCUGCAUGUUAUUACGUCGUCUCCCUUCUUCUCAGUUCGGGAGACGAUGAUUGUUUGGAUCUUAGCGAGGACAAUCUAGAUUCUCAUAAUGGAUCUGAUCGGUCAGCUCUUCAUGAUCCUGGGCGUGAUGGACGAUUGGACGAUAGAAGAAAAUUUGAAGAAGGUGAUGACAGACUGAUAGCUACCGGAGCAAUGCCAGAUCAUUACAUAUAUGUCGCUUAUCCUCCAGAACUCAAACGUCGACUCCUACAGAGUUGUUACAACAGAACAACCAGGUUGUAAACUUAAAAAAAAGGAACCAAGAAAUACAACCAAGCGACUACCUUUUCACUCAUGCACACACAUAACCAUGCGGAUAGCAUCCUCUCUUGACCUUCUAUACCAAUUAGAUGUCACGUGCCAUCUUGAAAUAAAUUCUACACGGAUUAAAUCGAUUUAACACUAAGGAAAAUUGAUAAAAGAAGAUAUAUUUUCAUUAAUCUUGACUUUAUUUUGAGGUGAUAAUAAUUCAAAACCAAUACGUCAUCUUCAUAGAACCAUCAGAAUCUUUUUGGGUCUCCAUAACACUAGAUUGACGGAGCAAUCUACGAGUUGCAUUCGAAGUAGGCGUCCUUAACGGUUCUUGUUCAACUUCAGGCACUUCGGGAACUGACUGCAUUUCAACUGUCUCGCCUGCUGUGAGAUCUUCAUAUGAUGUUGCUGCUAAAGGUCUAAAAAUUAAAAAAAAAAAAAAAA